AUGUUUCACUCCGUGCAGAAUCGCGUGAGGCUGUCGCAAGCACCGGAUUCGUCGUCGGAGUCGUCGCUGGCCAGCUUCAUCAGCAACCUCGCACGGCCGGCCGGCUCGUACCGCACGCAGUUCCUGCCUUCGCCGCAGCAGCGCAAGAAACAGCAACCGCAGUCGCAGCAACAAGGAGACGAUCAGAAUGACCAGGCUCAAGCCGACCAGCCGUCGGAGCAAGGGCUGAGCGCCGACGGCGAAGAGCAACAGCACUCGCAUGCUGACCAGGAGCCGAAGCAGUCGCCGUUACCGCUUCCCCUCUCCCUUCCUCGCUUCUUCCAGUGCCCGCAGCGGUCUCUGUCGCUCGACCCUCGCAUUCUUCGCAAGCUGCUCUUCGAGCGACACGCAGAACCGUCGCACGACGACGCGACGGAAGGCGACGAUUCGAGCCCCGCCGACAAACAACCAGAGCUCCUGGAGGAUAUGAAUCAUCCGCAGGAGCCACCGUCGACCACGGAGAAGAAAAGCUCAUUCUCGGAAAAUAAGCCCUCCCUGCACCGCCGAUCCUCGCUCCCGUUCGUCAAGGAGGUUCGGGAAGAUGCCGAAGCUGAUGACGGCGAGGCGAAGCAGAUCCGCGAGGAGGGGCAGACGCGGGUUCUCCCGCUGGACAUGGAGAUGUCGCCGCGCACGCGGUGGGAGGAGCUGAGCGAGCAGCAGCUGCUGCACGAGCUGCAGCGCCGCGAGGAGGACGCUGCGCGGCUCAGGCGGAUGCGCGAGCAGCAGGAGAGGGCCGGCGCGCGGGAGUCGUCGCGGGAGAGACGGCGGGACGUGUCGUCUCAACGGGACUUCCUUCCCCGCGACACCCUCACGUGGGUGCUGCUGGCGGGCGGCGCCAUCGCCGCGGCGGCGUCUGCGGUGGGCAACAAGCGGCGCAAGGCGCAUCUUACGGACACCCAAACCGCUUACUGUUCCUCCUGUCCCCGUUCCCACUCGCCGUCCUUUGCUAGUCAGUUGCCCCCUCAACCUCCCCACCUUCUCCCCGGGCCUACAGUCGCCCUGAGCGAUCCUCGCGGCAGCAGCGUCACGGGGGACGGCGGCGGGCGCAGCAGCAGGCGGAGCAGCAGCCGUCACAGCCACCACCACGACCGCGCAUACGACCACAGGCACGCGCACUCGCGCGGGCACGAGGGGCACGGGGGGAGGCAGCGCGCGCGCGGGGCCGAUUGCGGGGCGGACGACAGCGGGGAGUCGCGCGAGGCUUAUCUGGGGGAGCAGUACUCCGGGCAGGGAGGGUACGUGGGGAACAGGCUUGCGCCGGCGGAGCGGGGGAGCUACAGCGAGAGGCGGAGACGAGGGGGAGGGAGCAGUAGGGCUUACAAAGAGGGCAGUGCCACCAGUGCUGCUGCUUACACCGCUGAUGCCUUCUCCCCUUCUUCUUCCUCCGCCGCAGCCGCUGCUGCUGGUGCUGGUGCUGGUGGAGCAGGCAGCAGGGCGCGGACUUACUCCCUCUCCUCUGGUCAAGACGCCGCCGCCGCCACCGCUGCCUUGGCAGCCGGCACAGCCGCCGCUGCCGCAGGCGCGCUCGCCGCCCCCUCCCUUCCCCCUUUCGCUCCCCCUCACCACAUCCUCGUGGCGCCAGGCGCAGCAACGGGAGGGGCUCCCCCUGUGGGCCUGGGUCUGCUGGGCAAGGAUGCUCCGGAGUUCUGGGCUGCGCUUCCUUCCGACGCGCUUGCAGCAGCGUCCGCCAUGGCAGCUGCGGCGGCUAAGGGGAAAGCGCCCCUGUUUACCCCUGAGAGCUCCGCCCCUGGCGCGGGCGCGGGCCCGUCCUCCUCGCUUCAGCUGCGCACCCCCUCCCAGACUGGUGAGCGCGCGGCUCCGCACGCGCCCUUCUCUUCCCCUUCUGCUGGCGUGUUCCGCUUCACCGGCGCCAGCCCCAGCGGCGGCGGCGGAACAGAUGGAACUGGCGCGGGGAGCAGCGGAACGCCGCUGGGUCUUCUGGGGAGCGGCGUGGGGACUUUCUCCGGGCUGGGGGCGUCCGCGCAUACGUCCAGCCCCUCUUCCGCCGCGGGGCUCCCCUCCCGCCGCGAGGAGGUGCUGCGGCUGCGCGCGCAGCUGCGGAGGCGCGACGAGAUGAUUCUAGACAUGCAGACGCAGCUGCUGCGCCAGGAGGAGGGGGUUGCGCAGCGGAUGGACGGGCUGGCGGAGCUCGAGCACGCGCUGGAGGAGCAGCGCGCGGAGAAGGCGCGCGCGGAAGCGAGGGCAGCGGAGGCGGAGAGGGAGGCGGAAGCCCAGGCGGAGCAAUGCCAGGCGUUGUUGCGGCGGUUGAAGGAGCUGGAACGGGGCAAUUGGGGAAGAAGCGGAAGCGGGGACAUUUCCGGGGGUGGAAAUGCUAACGCGGAAGGAGAAACAGGCGGAGCCAGUGGGGGGAAAUCUGAGGAGGGGGAGUCCAGGGCGGCGGAAGGCGUGCUGGAGGCGCAGAUUGCGGAGGCUGUGGCGGCGGCGAAGGAGGCGGCAAAGCAGGCGGCGGAGGCCGCAGCGGCGGAGCAGUACCGCGUGGGGAAGGCGGAAGGAUCUCUGGCCGCGCAGCGGGAGCUGGAAAUCGCCGUGCGCCGGGGGAGGCAGCUGGAGGAGCAGCUCUCCAAGGCGGAGGAAUCCGCGGAGAAAUGGGAGAGGCUUGCGCGCGAGGCCAUGGCGGAAAGCGCGCGGAAAGAGGCGGAGGUAGCGGAAGCAGAGGCGCGCGCUGCCCGCGCAGCAGCGGAGGCGGAGCGCUUGGAUGAGGAGUGCGCGGCGCUGGGCGCGCAAUACCAGGCGGUGCAGGAGCAGGCGGAGGCGCUGGAGAACGAUCUGCGGGAAAUGCAGGAAAAGGCGGAGCUCUGGGAAAACAGAGGCCACGAGGCCGUCUCUAUAGUGGAGAUGCUUGAAGCGGAGCUGACUGUAGCGAAGCAGCAGGCGGAGGAGGCGGAGGAGGCGAAACGGGAGGCGGAAGAGGCGCGGCGAGAGGCGGCGGACGCCAAACUCGAGGCGGCUAUGGCGCGGGAAAAGGUGGCGGAUGCCUCCGCCGCGAUGGCGGAAGAAGCGGAAGCGACAGGCGCGCGGGUGAAAGAGCUGGAGGAGCGAUUGGAGGAGAGCGAGGGGCGCGCGCGGUACUGGGAGGUGGCGGGGAGCGAGGCGGUGGAGCAGGCGGCGGCGGCGGAGCGGAAGGAGGCGGCCGCGGUGGCGGCGGUAGAGCUGGCGGCGGAGAUUUCGUUACAGAAGGGGCGCGACGAGAUGCGCGCGGAGAUGCAGGCGGAGAUGGGGCCGCUAGUGCAGGCGUGGGAGCGGAAAUGCGAUGCGCUUCAGAAGCAGUGCGAGACUCUGAAGAAUCGAAAGGGGGAGGUGCAGGAGCCGGAAGGGACGGGAGCAGGGGGGAGCGGAGAGGGGAGGAGCGCGGAAGGAAAGGCGGAGAGUGGAGAGGAGAGUGGAGGGGAGAGUGGGAGUGUGGUGGAUGAGGAAGGGGAGGAGUCUGGGAAGAGUGAGGUUGUAUCAGGGGACGAAGGGGAAGGGAGUAUGCUUGCACCCACCAGCUCAUCCGAAGAGGAAGGGGCGCCUGCUCCCAGCAACACACCUGCGCCAUCCCUGUCACCUGUGCUUGAGCAGGAGGUGCAGCUGCUGCAGGAGAAAUUCGCGUCACUGGAACGGGUGUAUUCCCUGGCGGAGCAGGAGCGCACUGUGCUGCAAGAGAGGAACUCUAUAUUGGAGCAGGCGCAGUCUGAGUCGGAGCAAGAGCGUGCAGGCCUGCAGCAGGCGCUGUCAGAGAGGGAAGCAAAGCUGCAGGCGUGGGAGAAGAAGGGGGAGGAAUUCAGUGCAACGGCUGAAGAGCUGGAGGAGUGGAGGGGGAGGGCGGAAGAGGCAGCAGUGGCGGCAGCAGCAGCCGAGGCGGUUCUCCUUGCUGCGUGCGAGCAGGCAGAGGCGGCUAAGGCCCUGGCUGCUGCUGCUGGGGCGCGAGAGGAGGUGGAGGAGCUCAAGGGGCAGUACAGGCAGCUCGUGGACAUGCAAGAGGCUGCUUCAGAGGCCGCGCAGGCGAUUAUAACGCAACAGGGGCAGCUUAUAGCGGAGCAUGAGGCGCGGAUGGCAGAGCUGAACUCGGAGCUUGAUAGCAGCCGCGUUGCUGCUGCUGCUGCUGAGAUAAAGAACAGGCUUGAGGCUGCUCUAAGACAGAAAGAGGAGAUUCAGAGGGAGCUAGUGGAAGCCGGGGCAGCAGCAGAGGAGAGGGAGCAGCAGGUGAGGAUGCUGCAGGAGCAGCUGCGUGCUGCUAUGCAGAGGGAGGAGGAGAUUCAGCAAGAGGUUCUAGAGGUGAAGGCAGCUGUGGAAAGAAGAGUGGCUGAUGCUGUAGCAGCGGGACGAGAGGAAGGGAUGAGGGAAGCUGCAGCCGCAGUGGCGGAAGCCGAGGCUAGAGCCACUGCUGCUGCUGAAGCAGUCAAGGUAGCUGAAGCCUUGGCUGCUGAUGCGAGGGCAGAAGCGGAUGCUGCAAAGGAAAGGUGUGUGGUGCUGCAGAAUGAGCUAGAGGCGAGUGAGAGGAGGGCGCAGGAGAGUGCGAGGAGAGUGGAGGAGAUGAGGGUGAAGGAGAGAGAGGCGCUAGAGGCGCUGGAGGCGGCAGAGGCGUCUCAGGAGCAAGUGGUGGCUGCUGCUGUGCGAGCUGCCCAAGCUGCCGCCCAAGCAGCCGCAGAUGCUGCAGCGGAUGCCGCAGCAGAGGCAGCAGGCGAGGCUGCACGGCAGCAGUUGGAGAGAGAGCGGAAGGAGAGAAGGAAGGAGGUGGAGGCGGUGAGGGAGGAAGCUGAGGCGAAUGCAGCCGAGAGAACCAAAGAGAUUGAGGCUGCAGGGGCUGGUGCUGUUGCGAAUGCUGUAGCAGAGGCUGUAGCAGCGCACGAGGCAGAGGUGGCUGUAGCUGUGGCGGCUGCUGUAGCAGCCGGGGAGGAGCAGGCGGUAGAGGCGUUUGGGAAGGGGGUGGAAGCUGGGAGGAAGGAGGUGAUGGGUGAAGCGGAGAAGGAGAGUGAGAAAGUGAGGGAGGAGUGUGCUGUGCUGGAAGCUAGGGUUAGAGAGACUGAGGAGAGGCUGAGAGAGAGUGAGAAGCAGGUGGAGGAGAGUGAGGGGAGGGUUGGGGAGAGGGAGAGGAGGUUAAAGGAGAGUGAGAGAAGGUUGGAGGAGAGCGAAGGGAGGCUGGAGGACUGGAGGAAGAUGAGGGAAGCUCAGGAGGAGGCACUGGGAGGGUUGGUGGUAACAGCAGCAGCAGGAGGGGUUACAGCUGCAGUAGCUCCAUCAAAGGCUGGAUCACGGGCAGCAGAUGCAGAAGCACUGAAAGCAGAUGCAGCAGCAGCAGGAGCAGCAGACGAGCCUGAGGCAAUGGAGGUGCCGAUAGGGCUGACACCACAGCAGAUGGAGGACUUGAGGGCACUACUCGAGGAGAAUCGCCAGCUGGACGCUGCCAAGGUGGCAGCAGAGAGGGCUGCUGAGCUGGCAGGCAGUGAGCGCGAUGAGCUGGCAGGGCGUGUGAAGGAGCUGGAGAGCCAGCUGGCAGCGCUGAUUCAGCAGCAGCAGGAUGCAGCAGCAACGGCGCGACAGGAGGGGGCUCUUCGGGGUGAAGAUUCUGUAGUGGAAGGGAAAGAGAAGGACGAGACGACUCUCAAGGCGUUUGAUGGGCUGUCCACUCGCAGUCUCGCUGGCAGUGAUGACAGCAGCAGCAGCGAGGGCAGUCUGGGGGAGGACGCGGUUGAGGGGCUGACAGCAGUAGUAGCGGGUGGCGUGGGCGAUGGGGAGGGUGAGAAGGAGGUGGUGGAGGAGGAGAAGGAGGUGGUGGAGGAGGAGAAGGAGGUGGUGGAGGAGGAGAAGGAGCGGACGGAGCAGGUAGGGGAGCAGCAGGGGAUUGGUGAGGAGGCGCAUGAAAGGGAAGCAGAGGUGCCAGGGCAGAAAGAGGAAGAGAAGGUGCUGCAGCAGGAGAAGGAAGAUGAGGUGGCGCACGAGGAGGGGGCCUCUGCAGCGGAAGCGGGUGGUGACUUGGAGCAGGUGGUUGUGCUGGAGUCGUAUGGCAGUGGCGUCCUACCUGCUGUCCAUCCUGGCGUGCAGGAGGCUGGCGUGCAGGAGGCUGGCGUGCAGGAGCAUCAGGAGGAAUCUGAAGCUGCCUUGAGAGACGGUGCUGUGAACCAGGCUGAUGCAGUGAGUCAGGAUGGUGCAGCGAACCAGGACAAUGCUGUUUUAGCGAUGAAAGUGCUGCCAGUAAGCAUGAGGCUGACAGCAAGGAUGGGCCAGCAGCUGAGUCAAGUGAACCGGGUCCGUUCAGAUUCACCAGGGGAGGUGGAACUCCUCAGAAAGGCCGGCGAGGUGGUGGUUAUAACCGAGGGGGUAAUCGAGGCGGUAGGCGAGGUGGCAAGAACUGGUAGCCCUGCAACUCAGGUUAAAUUAUUGGAAGACAUUGCGAUGCCAUCAGUGAUCGCUUCUUCAGCAGCUGUUGAGGCGAAGGAGGUGUCCCCUCCGAGUCAGUCGAACGACGGUUCAGUGAAAGCUGCUGCUGCUCCUCCUGCCACGUGGAAGGCGAGCAUUGACUUCAAGUGGGUACGAGAGAACCGGGACCUGAUGGAGGCUAAUGUCAAGGAACGGCAGUCCAAUGCUGACGUGGCUCGUGUCGUGGAGCUUUACGAAGACUUUGUUUCAAAGAAUCUGGAGGUGGAUCGGCUACGGGCGGAGCGGAACAAAGUGGCGAACGCGAUGAAGGCGAAGCUGGAGGCGGAGGAGAGGGCGAGGCUGGUGAGCGAAGGCAAGCAUCUGAAGGACGUGCUGGCGGGGCUCGAGUCUGAACUGGGGGAGGUGGCUUCUGAGCUGCAGCGGGAAGGCCAGCGCCUUCCCAACCUGACCCAUCCCGACGUGCCACGUGGCGGAGAGGAAGUGGCUGUCACUUUGCGAACGGUGGGCGAGAAGCGCGUGUUCGCCUUCCCCCCCAAGGACCACGUGGAGCUCGGCCUCGCGCUCGACCUCUUCGACUUCGACUCCGCUGCUGAGGUGAGCGGCGCCAAGUUCUACUAUCUGCGCAACGAGGCGGCGCUGCUGGAGAUGGCGCUGCUCAAUUGGGCGCUCGCGCUGCUCGUCGCGCGAGGCUUCACGCCCGUGUCCACGCCCGACCUCGUGCGCUCGCACGUCGUAGAGCGAUGCGGCUUCCAGCCGCGCGCCGCCAACACGCAGGUGUACUCAGUGGAGGGGUCGGACUUGUGCUUGGCCGGCACAGCAGAGAUUCCUGUGGGCGGCAGCUUCAUGGAUAAGAUCCUGAGCGAAUCAGAUCUGCCGCAGCGUGUUGUGGCCUUCUCCCACUGCUUCCGCACAGAGGCUGGCGCGGCCGGCUCUGCCACCAGAGGGCUGUACCGCGUGCACCAGUUCAGCAAGCUGGAGAUGUUUGUGGUGUGCCGCCCGGAGGACAGCAAUGCCUUCCACCAGGAGCUCAUUCAGAUCGAGGAGGACAUGUACACGGCCCUCGGUCUACACUUUGUUAAGAUUGAGGACAAGCCGGACGAAGUUCUUCGUUUCGCCGACGAGAAGGUUGACGUCGCACUGAAGUACGCGGACAGCUACGUCCCCAGAGACUUGGCUUAUCGAGCAUCUGAUUUUGUCCGCACUGUUCCGGUGCGUGCCAAGGAGGCUCUUCACGGCUAUCAGGAAAAGGGAGCCCUUGGCGCUGCAAAAUCCUACUAUUACGACUCACUGGAGCCGGUUCUCUCAGCCUACCUUGUCUUCUUGUGGCGCUUGGCGUUGUCCAUGCCGCUUGUCCCCCAUGUGGUAGAAGCAGCUUACCCCACGGUAUUCGCAGCAGCCAGUAAGUACAACACUGUCGUUGCAUCGUUUCAAAAAUCCGACUUCCAGUAUUUGAAGAAGGCUGCGGAUGUAGUUCCGCUGGUUCCCGUGGAGAAAGCUGAGAGCUACGUGAAGCUCAGUCUACAGCAGGCUGGAGUGCAAUAG